AUGUCUACUCUAGCGUCAACAAAGCUAAACAGCAACGGCAAGCGACUAGCGCCGCCAUCGCCCUCCAACGGGGCCAACACCUCGCCCACCAAAUCCGAUGGCACACCCUCAUCCGCCGCCAAACGCCAGAAGCGCGACAAUGUCAGCAGCAUCAGGGACCGCGCCUCCCCAACCCCUACACCCGCAGCUGCCGCGGCCGCUGCGAGGGCGACGGACUUCGGCACUCAUAUGAUGACCCAGUUGACCUACGUGGUUGACUUCCUCAAGGCGAAGCGCGCGUCCAAGACGCUGCAGGAGGUGCUGGACCACUUGACGCUGCACAACCUGCCCGAACACCAGCAGAAGAUAUUCGUCAACCUCAUGCACAAGCACUCGCGCAUCGACUACAUUCCCGCACCAAAAACUGCCAAGGGCGCCACCGGCGACCAGGCGCUUCCCGCCUGGCGCACCGGGAAAUACCAGUUCAAGGCCAAGAUCCCCGGUGUGCACAACAAAGUGACACUGCUCGAACAUCUCCAGCACAAAACAGACGCAUCUUCACUGAGCGUUAAGGACCUGAAGGAUGGCUGGCCCGACUGCGAUCAGGCGAUUACCGAGCUGGAGAACGAGCACAAGAUCCUCGUUGUCCGCACGAAAAAAGACAAUCAUGCUAAAUUCGUGUGGCUUGACGACCCCCGCCUGUCGCACGCCGUCGAUCCCGAGUUCUUGAACAUGUGGCAUCGGAUCGAGCUGCCGCACGCUGACGACAUGGUGCGCAAGCUCCUGGCACUCGGUCAGAAGCCGGCUAGCGAGGCGCCCCAGACCAACGUCAAGGCCACCAACAAGGCCGCGAAGAAGAGAAAGACGACGCGCCCACCCAAACACCAGAGCAACGCCCACAUGGCUCACUUGCUGAAGGACUACUCCCAUAUGAAGCGGUAG